AUGGCUUCGUACGAGAUACCAAGUGUUGAUGUUAAUACUCAUGGAUGGGGUCCCACGACGCUUCCUGAGCAAUUUCUUAAUAUUCCAUACGCACCUUUUAGCAAAGGCGACAAAUUAGGCAAAGCCGCCGACUUUGUUUCGAAUUAUGCGCCACGUGGCUCUCGUUAUGCUCGUGAUCCGUCAGGUGUAAAUGCUGAAUUCCAAUACAAACACGAUUCCAAAGAAGAUGCGACGUUUCAGCUAGUCGAUACGUCCAAGGGUACGCGUCCUCGGACUGAGGAUCGAUUACGUCCAACUUGGAAUCAACAACGUUUUGGUGGACGUGGUGGACGUGGUGGUCGUGGUGGACGUGGGACGUACACUGACAAACCGGAUCCAAAUGGUCCUACUACAUCCUCUGCACAGUUACGUAUGAAAGGUAUGCAAAAGCAAAACAAACGUUGGGAUCGACUUAGCAAUGCACGUCGUGCAUUUACAUUGCGUCGUCGCGAAGAGGUUCAAAUUGAUCGUGUGGCUUCCGUUUUGAUUCAAUCGAGUUGGACUCUUGUAGAUCAAUUUGAAUUGCAACAACUGACAAAGUUACAAGCGAAUAUUCCGAAAAGUGAAGAUUUAAAAUGGUGUGGCGAAUUGUGCGAGUUUGACACUGCAUUUGAUCGAAUUACGAGUCGUACAAACACUCGUGUCCAUCGGUAUGACGAUCGAGAUUUUUAUUAUGUCACGACUACAGAUGAUCCUGUAAUUGAAGGAUUUGCACAAGAAGGAAAAGCGACAGUCUUCGCUACAGAUGCAAUUUUAUCGCAUCUUAUGGUGUGUACGCGCUCGGUCUUUCCAUGGGAUAUUGUAGCUCAACGUGUGAACAAUAUGGUGUUUUUCGAUAAGCGAGAUGCAUCGACAUUUGAUCUUUUGACUGCCAAUGAAAACGCGUCCGAGCCACCAAUUGAAGAAGAUCCAGAUCAUAUCAAUCAUCCUGAUCGAUUAAGUCUUGAAGCUACAAUGAUUAAUCAAAAUUUAUCUCAACAAGUGUUAAAGAACGACAAUUGUCAAAAGUUUGAUGAUUCAAAUCCAUUUGCUAGUGACGAUGCGAAACCUGCGAGUGGAGCGUAUCGAUACCGAAACUUUGAUUUGGGCACUGGAUUGAAUUUGAUUGCACGUUGUGAAGUACAAAGUGUGGCAAUGAAGAAAGGCACAAAAAAUUAUGUUUCAACGUUUGCUUUGAAUGAAUAUAAUCCAAAAUUUCCGGGAGCAAUUGAUUGGCGAAAGAAAAUUGAUUCACAGCGUGGUGCAAUCUUAGCGAAUGAAUUAAAGAACAAUGCAUUCAAAUUAGCCAAGUGGACAGCUCAAGCACUUUUAGGUGGUGUGGAUGAAAUGAAAUUGGGUUAUGUCUCACGUUUGAAUUUCAAAGAUCCGUAUGCACACGUGAUUCUUGGUGUUCAGUCGUAUAAUCCCAAUACGUUUGCAACACAAAUUGCAUUGAAUCAGAAUAAUACAUGGGGAAUUAUCAAGAUGCUCUCGGAACUUUUACUGGAACAACCCGAGGGCAAGUAUGUCAUCAUGAAGGAUCCAAACAAGCCCAUCUUACGUCUCUUCUCUGUGCCGCUCGACACUUUUGAAGACGAAGGUGAAGAUGAAGAAGAUGAAGAUGAAGAGUGA